AAUUUCUGUAUGCGUGAGGCAUCUUAAUUAUAGACGAUUGUUUUUUACGCAUGCUUUGUGCGCGAAACUCAGUUUGGAAAGGAAGCGGAAGCGGAAGCGGAAGAGACAGACCACGAGAAGAGAAGCAAAUGAGUAAAAAGGACAACGGUGCUGCGGUCAUCCUGGCCUACCUGAACGCCAAGAACCGUCCUUACAGUGCCCAGGAUGUCUUCUGUAAUUUACAAAAGCAGCACGGAUUUGGCAAAACGGCAUUGGUCAAAGCUUUGGAGCUGCUGGUACUGGAAGGCAAAAUAAAGGAGAAGACUUACGGCAAACAGAAGAUCUACUUCGCUGAUCAGACUCAGUUUAAAGACGUGAGCGAUGCAGACCUGAAGGCCAUGGACUGUCGCAUCUCGGAGCUCAACGAGGAGUUGCAGACCCUCAACCAGACCUGCAGGCAGCUGGACGCAGAACUGAAGGAGCUCAACAGCAGCCUGACCACAGAAGAAAUGAUCUCAGAGAUGGGGAGGCUGAAAGAGGAGUGUUCAUCAAGCCGUGAGCGCCUGAAGAAGAUCAAGUCUGCCAGCAAUCAUGUCACACCCGAGGAGAAAGGGAAGGUUGUGAAAGAACACAACAUUUAUGUGAAAGAGUGGCGCAAGAGGAAGCAACUGGCCUCCGACAUGAUCGACACAAUCCUCCAGGGAUACCCCAAGAGCAAGAAGGAAUUUCUAGAGGAGGUUGGUGUGGAGACAGAUGAGGACUAUAAGGUGGCGGUGCCAACUGUGUGAUGUGAUGGUUUGGAAAAAGUACCAAUCAGUGUUGGACCCUGAUUGAUUUGGUUUGGACAAUUUGUUCUUCUUUCAAUUCCUGUUAUGAUUCCAUGAAGCAUUUCUUUAAUAGUGUUCUCUCAUUCAGUUCUACUGCCACCUUAUUAAAACAUUCAGGACAGAUUGA